AUGUUGCCUCUCAUCUCUCGUUACAACGAGAUGGUUUCGAAGUCGUGUAUCUGGCUCGUCGCAGCGGCUCUUUUAGCCGCUUGCGGCGUAAGUGCAGGCGUAGGAAGUAAGCGGCCCUUCACACCGACUGAUUCGAUUUUGGAUAUAAUCGACACCGAACAAGUCGAAAGAAUGCUAGCGGCUCGACGACGAACGGAAGAAGCCACCGGAUCUUCCGCUUCCUACGUUCAAAGAAAUGAACUCGGCGAAGGAAGUUCGGAGACUAUGGUGGUCUCAAUGCCGGAUCAAGAAGAGGCUACCGAAAUACCCAAAGGCGCUGCGUUUCGAAAUAUUUUGAAGUCAUCAAAAAACGCACUCACCGUCACUAAAAAAGAGUAUCUCAAGGAAGAUUGGUGCAAAACGGAACAAUUAAUACAAAAAAUCCGUGAACCGGGUUGUUUGCAAGCGACAGUGAUAAAUAAUUUCUGUUAUGGACAGUGCAAUUCGUUUUACAUUCCGAAGAGUCCGCGGCGCCGGGAGAGCAACGACGAGCGCCCUCCGCCCGCAUUCAAGUCUUGCUCAUUUUGUAAGCCGAAAAAGUUUACUUGGAUCACUGUCACGCUUCGUUGUCCAAGUCAGAACCCACCAUAUAAACGAAAGCGUUUACAAAAGAUCAAACAGUGCAAGUGUCUACCGGUCGGCGUGAACUGA